AUGGCUAGAUGGAAGAAGCCUGAUGCAUUGGUCUGUAAAUUUAAUUGGGAUGCUGCCAUUGAUGCUACUAAUAAAAGGGUGGGAAUUGGGGUUAUAGUUAGAGAUUCAGAAGGGGAAAUUCUUGCUUGUAUGUGCUUAAGAAUGAAUAAUUUGUUGAAACCUGCUUGUGCUGAGGCAUAUGCUUUGAGAAGGGCUAUGUUCUUUUGCUUAGAGCUAGGCUGUUCAAGUGCAGUUUUUGAAGGUGAUUCUCUAGUUGUGGUUAAUGCUACUAAUAGUGGAUGUGAAGUGAGUCUAGAUUAUAGUGUUAUCAUUGAAGAUACCAGGAAAAUGCUUAGUAAUGAUGGGAAAUGGUCUGUAAAGUUUACUCAUAGGGAAGCUAACAAUGUAGCUCACACAUUGGCCAAAUUGACUCUUGAUUGUAGUGAUGAAACUGUAUGGAUUGAGGAGGGUCCUCUACAGAUUAAAAAUUCUGUGUUGAAGGAAAAAUAUUGUAAUGAAUGA